AUGCUUCCCCCUGCCUGUCAGGUGACCGACUUCCCCCUCCUCUGCGAGAGGUUCACCACAAGCAAGCUCCGGCAUUUCGAAGACCUGCGUUCGAUUGCCUCCUUCGGAUUUCGCGGCGAGGCCCUGGCCAGCAUCACCCACGUGGCCCGUGUCUCCAUCACCAGCAAAACCCGCGACAGUCCCUGCGCCUACAAAGCCCGCUUCCAGGACGGAAAAUUAGUUCCCGGGGUGGGAGUCGGGGGCAACGCCAAGCCGCAGCCCUGUGCGGGCACGAAUGGGACGACGAUCACGGCGGAGGACCUCUUUUACAAUAUGCAGACCCGCCGACAGGCUCUGAAGAACCCGAACGACCUCUAUCGUGCCGUCCUGGACGUGGUCACGCGCUACGCCGUUCACUUUGGGAAAGACGGCAUCUCUUUCACUUGCAGAAAGCAAGGCCAAGCCCGGCCAGACCUUUAUACGCCACAGAGAGGCGCCUCCGUGCUCGGUGCCAUCAAGGUGGCCUUCGGUCAGGUGUUGGGGCGUGAGUUGCUGGAACUCAAUGUCUCGUCGGAGGAAAGGAGGGAAGGCGGGAGAGAGGGGGCAAGCGGUGCGCCCACGUCGCCCAGCAAAGAUGAAGAGAGGGCGGUGGAAAGCGGGAGAGAGCGCAUGGAAGAAGGGAGGGGGAACGCAGGAGUGCGAUCGGCUCAAGGGGAGGAGGGCUUAUCCUUCAAGGCUCACGGCUACGUCUCCAACGCGAAUUUCAACAUGAAGAAAGGCGUCUUUAUGCUCUUCAUUAACAACCGGAUGGUGGAGUCCACAGCCAUCAAGCGAAUAAUGGAGAGCGUCUACGCCCCGAUCCUACCCACCCACACCCACCCCUUCCUCUACCUCGCCCUCGACCUCCCUCCAGCUCAUGUCGACGUGAACGUCCACCCGACGAAACGAGAGGUUCAUUUCUUGCACGAGGACGAGCUGCUUUCGAAGCUCGCGGCGGGCCUCGAGGCAUUGCUGAGAGGCGCGAAUACUUCGAGAACCUUCUACGGGAAAAGCCUUGCCCAUGGGCUCGCCCCGCCGACGGACUUGACUCAGGUGAUUGGAGCACCAGGUCCUCCCACCCUAGAACAAGGAGAUGACCGCUCGACAAUGAUUGAGGACAAGGACAUCGAGGGAAGAGACGGAGAAGGAGCAGUACAAGCCAAGAGGAAGGAGAGGCAGGCGCUUUUGCCGUAUAAGAUGAUACGCACGGACGCUAGCAUGCGUAACCUCCGCUCUUUCCUCUACACUCCCGAGGCCGACGACUACCAUUCGCAGCAGCAAUCUCAGCCGUCUCCCCAGGAUGAAAAUCCAGACAGCCAGGACGCUGCACAGCUUUCAUCUCCCCUGGCUGCAGAGGUAGACUCCAGGAAUCACGACAAGCAGGAGGGAGACAGCGGCACGGAAAAGAAGGAGGAGGUGCCCGACGUUCGGGACGAUGGAGCCGUCCCUUUGGUGGUCGCGUCGUCGUCCACUGCGACA